AUGGACCAUUAUAAUACUAACGGCCCUAGGAAUGGGUUCAAAUCUGUUCAGGGUCCUGGCGAACAAAACGGCAUCUCGCGACCGUUCACGCUGCAGGAGUCGUUGCCUUAUUCUCCGCAGACAUCAACAGUACCUUUUCUUCCUGAUAUUAUUCCGGACCCAAGCGUCGGAUCAGGAUCACCAUCGCUUCGGAUCUCGGAUCUGUUCUCGACCCAAGAUUAUGACAGAGUGAACCAGGAAGGUACAAGUCAGCUGAGUGCCGCAAAAAACCUGAAGCAAACAGUUGAUCAUGUUUUGCAUGAUCUGAAACCGUCAAAGCGAACUCAAUACAAAUUCCCCUCGUUACCCAACGGAACACCAUCAAGCUUGGCGUCGACUCACAACAAAAGCAUUUCGCAAAGUUUAUCACCGAUAGCCAAGGCGGUAUACGAACGAGUUGGCAGCUUCUUCAAGGCCACCAAGCAUAAUCUCGGUAGCCCUAAGCUGUUAAACGGAGAAGCAGAACAGGCUUCAAAGUUGACUGCCCACUCAGUAUCGCAAAGCCCAACGAUCCAUAUACAGUCGCAAGCCCUUGCGAACAAAAACACAGGCAGUGGAAAGACGAAGAUAGAGGUCGCAAUCUCCACGAACCAGUCAUUCGAUCGCUCACAAUAUGCCGAAAUUUCAGAUGAUCAUUACGAUCAGAAUAUAAUCACCCCACAUGAUCAAUUAAUUGUGGAAGCGCAACAAUACAGCCAAUCAAAUAUAUUAACCGCAAAGCCUCCUAUUGUUGUUAAUAGUGCCGGCCUUAGCAUUGAACUUCCAUCUGCAGCAGUCAAUAGAGAAGAGUAUCAGGAAUUCAAGGUUGCUCCAGAUGCACCCGAGAAUCUCUCAGUCAGACGAAAAGAAAGACAGGAUAUUGUAGACGGCCAAGAUAUUCUUGGGACUAGUCUUGACCAACGACAGCGAGGAGAGGCUGCACUGGAUGCCCUCGACGCCCUCAUGCGGCAAGUCUUUUCAGCAGUUGGCGGCGCCUUGGUUAUGGAAUCGGGACUAGAACAUAUCGUUUAUCUGACAGAUUCAGAACCUGCAAUGACGGCCACAACGCAACAGAAAAUGCACACAGCCAUUCAAAAAGUCAUUGGCCUGAGGAGUUUCAAUGGCGUCCCCCUUGAGAACCUUCUUAAAGUCAUGAAGCUGAGCGAAGCUAGCUUGAAACAAGCUGAAGGUCUCGACAUCCGCGUUGAUGAGAGCUGGGAUGAACCGGCCGUCGAAUCAUGGGUUCAGCAGCUCGGGGAACUGGAAACGGCUCUAAAAGCUGCGCGGACUUGCCUCCGAAUCAUGUCGGGAUGCAGAGAAGACAAGCAGCUAUACUCAGAAGCGGUCAUCACCAAAUGCGUCAACAUAUACAAGGCAGUAACCGAGGAUGUUGUGAUGCCUCUUGUUGAACUCCGCAAUUCUGGCAGCUCCGGUGCUUUGUUCAAACUGGUCCAGAAGCAUAAGAAGGCAGUUGCCUCCAUUUUUGUCUGCUGUCAGAAGCUAUCGGCUCUUCUUGCAGAGCUUAUCACCAAUAUCGAAUUGUCGGAAACAGUCAUCAACACACUCGAAUUUACUGCAUCUAAACUGAUCUUUGUGGAGAAUGCCUACUUUGAAAAAGAUUCCGCCAUCGGCAUCCAAAAAUUUGAUGGAAUUCGCUCAGUUGCUAUGGAUAUGCUCUGUCAAAUAUUCUUGAUAAAACCGGAGCAGAGACAGGGCAUCAUUGAUGACAUCUUGACUUCAUUGGAGAAGCUCCCUGUGGGCAAACUGAGUUCGAGACAAUUCAAACUGGCUGAUGGAGGCAGUAUUCAACCCGUUUCGACUCUUAUCAUGCGCCUCGUCCAAGCCAGUUCUGGUCGGGUUGGGGGCGGCAAUGGUACCGGACAAGGCCCUAAUAUCCGAGCCAUAGGUGCGGAUGAUUCAGGAGAGGAUGACGAGGAUGAUCGACCGGUGAAGCGAAACCAAGCAACUGCCACCAUUCUGAGCGAGGAACAAGGCGCCCAGCAACCUGCAGUGGCAAUACAAGAAUUGGAAGGUGUUGCGGCCCCAUUGAUUGAUACUGCUGUCCGGAAUGCAUCUUACGUCAUCAACUUCAUGGUCAAGCGAGCCAUGGGCUCAACCAAGUCUGGAGACACACCUUAUCGCAAUCUGCUUGAUCUUUUCGUCGAUGACUUUACGACAUGUCUUGACGUGCCAGAUUGGCCUUCCGCAGAGCUUCUACUGCGCCUGCUCAUGGUCAUGAUGGUACAGUUGUUCGAGGCGCCUAAAACGGCAGCGCCAGCCAAAAAUAUGGCUUUGGAACUUCUGGGAACCAUGAGUGCUGCCAUAUCGCGUCUCAGAUCGCACGUGAAGAAAUCUGCGGGUGCAUUUAUUAGCAGUGAUGCUGGCGAAUACUCACAGUAUCUAUCCGAGCUGGCGACUCACUGCCUCGAACAGAGAUGCCCAAUGGAGAACAUUGUUGCAUGGGCCGGACCAUAUCGAGGUGUUCUUGAGUAUCUCCAAGAAAGAAGCUCGGAGGAUCCUCAUCUGUCCAGCGCAGUAUCUUUUCUGAUUUCUGACUGGGCGACUAGAAUUCAUACCACAUACGACAGUAUACAAGACAACGAUUCGGAAGGCGAUAAGGAGCUGGGUCGAUCGGCUUUCCGGUUGCGAAUGAUGAUAGAAGACCGCCAAUGGCUUGCAAGCGAGUAUACGUUCAAGGCAGUGACGAAUAGCCAAGCAAAGUUUGCAUUUUCGAUCAUUCUUUUGAGAUCACCUUUCUGCGAGUCCUUCGGCAAAAUUUUGAAUAUCCUCCUAGGCUCUAUGGCGAGUGAUCAAGCUACAGUCCGCAGCAAGAGUUUGAAGAGCGUCAAUCAGGUGCUCGAAACAGAUCCCUCUAUCCUGGACGGUGACUCGACUGUUAUUCAGCUUAUUCUGGAUUGCGCCAGUGACUCCUCAACACAAGUCAGAGACUCGGCUCUGGGAUUGUUGGGUAGCUGCAUCAGUAUGCGCCCUGCCCUGGAGGCAUCGCUCACCCCCAAGAUUAUUGAUCGGUUCCAGGACGCUGGUGUCGGUGUGCGAAAGCGAGCAAUGAAGCUGGCACGUGAUAUUUACCUGCGGAAUCGGGGCAAAAAUCUCCGCAGUGCCAUUGCCAACGGUCUGCUCCGCCGUGUUCAGGAUCCUGAUGAAGGUGUGAGAGACCUCGCCCGCCAGAUGAUUGAAGAAGUUUGGUUUGCACCUUUUUAUACCAACGAGAACACUGCCAGCUUCGAGACGUCACUUGCAGAACAUGUGUCACUUGUCAUUCAAACUGUGAAAGGGGGUACUGUCACCGAAAUCUUGGACAAGGUGUUCCAGACUAUCCUCAAACCUGGUAGCAAGUCUCUGGAUGGGCCAUUUGGAGUCUGCUCGAGACUGGUCGGGAUUAUGUUUGGAUUGAUUGACAACCCCGAAUCGGAAGAUCCAACCGUCCCCUCUGGUCGCGAUGCCUUGCAAGUUCUGACCAUCUUUGCAAAGGCUGACCCAAAUCUUUUCAAUUUUGAGCAAAUUAAGCUGCUCAAGACACAACUCGCCAGUUUUACAGGUGCAGAUGAACUGGCUGCCUUUCGAGCGGUCACAGUUAUUUACAAACGAGUGCUGCCACAGCUACCCAACAUGCAUGCAGAAUUUUUGGCCGACGUACGACUGCAGCUGCUUAAAGGCAUUGGUAAAAUCUCAUCUCGCGGGGCGUUAGACGACCUGAUUGCAUGCGCUCAUACCGUGUGCGAGUUGCUCAAGGACUUUGCGCCGCUGGGUAACCUCGUUGCAUCGAGCUUGAUGGGAAUACAGAAGCUGAGCAAGGUACCGUUGGAUGCGAAACGUCUUCACCAUGUCGCGGCCUAUUCAAUCAUCGUAGGCAGCGUUGGAAAACAUUGCGAUCUCGACAAGCAAGCUCGCAUCUUCCGCGAGAGGUUCCCAGGUUGGAAAGGAGACUCAGUGCCGAAGCUAAUAGUCGAUAUUCUCUCGCCGUUCUCAUCGCCACAACAGCCACUGGACGCACGAAAAGCGUCCAUUGAAGCUAUAGGUCUCGUCUGCCAGUCUUGGCCCCGAAAUUAUGAUCUCGUCAAGGUGUAUACUGCAUUCCAGCAGGUAUUCCAAGACAAGAUACCCAUUCUUGAGACAAUGAUUCUGAGAUCCUUCAAAGAAUUUCUUGUGACAGAAGAGAGACGAUCGGAAGCAGCUGCUGAAGCCCCCAAGGAGAAGAACAAGGAGCUGACAGUCAUGGGUGGCACCAAUUUUGAUGAUGUUGCCAGCGGCGCUACACAGCGCUUCCUCAAAGAUAUUACCCGGAUUGCCUUGUCAAGUCAAGACGAACAUGCAUUCCUGGCUAUGGAAGUUCUGGGAAGCAUCAAUCGUCAAGGGCUGACUCACCCCAAGGAGACUGGCGUUACUUUGAUUACGCUGGAAACAUCUGCCAAUAGGAAGAUCGCAGAGCUGGCAUUCAUGGAACAUCGAUCUCUGCACGAAAAACACGAGACUGUCCUGGAGAGAGAGUACGUUAAAGCGGUUCAGUCUGCUUACAAUUAUCAACGAGACAUUGUCAAUGACUCGCAUGGAGCAACCACGGACCCGUUUCAGUCGAAGCUUCACCUGCUCAUGGAGGUUUUGAAGAUCAGCAAGAUGAAAAACCGCCAACGCUUCUUGGAAAAGUUGGUUGGGCAAGCAGACUUUGAUUUGGGAAAUCUGAAUGUCGAAAUAGAAAUGCCGCAUCAGGUAGACUUUGCGCGAUUCAUUGCAGAGAAUCUAGCGUUCUUGGAGUACCACUCGAUUGGAGAGCUGCAGACUACGGUCCACACGAUCGAGAAGAUGGUUGCGAGUACGGGUGCGACUGUGGCCCAGGCGAUUGAAUCCGAAGUCUUCAACGUGCGAAUGGAUGUAGACCAGCAAGAGCAGGCACAACCCCGGGUGGAAGGAGUUGCGCAGGUAAUUCCAACUCAGUGCGAUGUACCAACGGUCGCUGCCCCAGCGCCAAUCCUCUUGGUUGAACCACAGCGCCUUCGACAACUAACGGCUGGGGCGAUGAUCCUUCUCUCCCUCUGGGAGGUACGAAGUCACCUACGCAGACUGUUCGGUAUGGGCACGAGUCGGCACGACAGCCGUGCCAAGGCUCUAGCAAAGGAUUUGAAUAGAACACCGCUCAAGGUGCAAGGCGUUCACGGUGAAAGAGUAUGGGACGAAAUCGUGUCCCACAUGAAUGGGCUUUCCAGCCAGGAGAGCAUGGUACAGAAGUGCAAGGCGUUUGUGGAGUUGAUGAAUGUCGACAAGGAGUUCAAGGUGGCUGAGGAAGAUGACGACAUGGGCAUGGGUGGGCCAGGGACCCCGAGCGAAGGCGAGGAGGAGGAAGACGGAGGUGACAGAGGCCGCAAGAGAAAGGCGACGGGAACCCCUGGCGGACGCAAGAAGAGAGCUCGAUCGGGGUCACAGACACGCAAAAGAGGUCGGCCACGCAAGCAAAGCGUGGAACAUAGCGACGACGGAGAGUUUGACGGGGACUGGAUCUAG